UCCACUGUAGAAGCAAUAGAUUUCAGAGCUCACGGCACAUCGUCAGUCUUGCUCUGAUCAUUUGCGAGUCAUGAAUUCGUUCUGUGAAGCUAUCGAGCGAGAUGAGGCCUAUGAGAAGGCCAAGUACAUGACUAUAGAAGACUACUCGAGAUUCGGAAGCAACGAUCGUCCUGCAAUUCCGAGUGCCUCCAAAUGGACAAACACAGGUUACUUCUUCCCCACAUACUACAAAAGAUGCCUGGAGAGGAUUGAGAACUUCCAAGUGCGCCCGGACGAUGUGUGGGUGGUGACCUUCCCCAAGUGUGGCACAACGUGGUCACAGGAGAUGGUGUGGAUGCUCUGCAAUAACCUUGACUAUGCUAAAGGACGAUCUAUUGGUCUAAACACUCGCUUUCCGUUCUUUGAAUUUGGCGCGCUCAUGCCUCCGGAAGCUAAUUUCGAUACUUUCGGCAUGAUCGACAAACUACCAUCUCCGAGAUUCAUCAAAAGCCACUUGCCAGCUCCUUUGCUACCCAAGCAGAUCUGGACGGUGAAACCGAAAAUCAUCUAUGUUGCCAGGAAUGCAGCGGACGUGGUUGUGUCUUUCCAUCAUCACUACAGGAAUCUUCAAGACUAUCAUGGCAAUUUAAGUGAUUUUCUUGAAAUCUUUAUGAAGGAUCUUGUGCUCUUUUCACCCUACGACACGCACAUAAUGGAUUUCUGGCACAUGAGGAAUGAGAAGAACAUUCUCUUCUUCACGUACGAGGACAUGAAAAAAAAUCAUCCGGCAGUUAUUGAGAAAACUGCAAAAUUUCUGGGAAAAUCCUUGACGGAGAAUCAAAUUUUGGAGCUUGCCGAUCACUUAACCUUCGAUAAGAUGUCUAAAAAUGAAUCUGUGGAUCUUCUGCUCGAGAUCAAGGACAUGGCAGAGAAUUUCAACAUCAGGAAGGUCGACGAGGACUUCUCGUUCGUGAGGAAGGGCAAAGUGGGCUCCUUCCAGGACGAAAUGACUCCCGAAAUGAUCGCCAAGUUCAAUGAUUGGCUGAAGAAGCGCUUAAAUGACCGCAAAGUUGACCCCGAACUCUGGAAGAUCUUUUUUCUUCAGGAGCGUCCAAAGAUCUAAAUAUCGAUCACAAGAACUGUGUCAAGUAUUCAGUGCAAUAAAGUGACGCGUGCAGCAGUUAUUUGUAUAAAUAUCACCUUGACUCCGCAGCCCAUUGCAAAA